AUACAUAUAACACCUAUUGAAUCAUAUGGAAACCUUGUGAUGCAGACCGCAUGUAUGCGUGCGGCGAAAGCACCAAUUCAAAUUGGCGAAAAAUGGAAACGUGGUAGUGAACGUAUAAUACGUAGUGAACGACAAUGAUGACUACAUCGACAAACGCACGGGAAAAAGUCUUGUUCUCACGUUUCAAAUGCCACCACAUACUGUAUAUGUCAUCAUACAGUAUGAGAAAGAGAUCGUGUUCAGUGUUUUGAAACAAUUUUUUUAUCAAAACGUUUUAAUUUGAUUUAAUUUUCUUUCAAACAAUAAAAUUUCAUGGCAGCAGUUCAUUUCGAUUACAAUACCAAUCUAGUUUUUUUUAUAAAACGUUAACAUUCAAUAAACAAAGAUAUUUACAUAAUUUGCGCAUUUAGUUUAUAAAGAAUAAAAGUUAAGCCCAAAAAAAAAAACAACUAAAACACAAAACAGAAAUCCUGAAAUUAAUUGUACGAAUCCGAAGAGACAUUGAUCAAUUUAUACAUGACCAUCGAACAAAAUGACAGUGAAAACCAGCUGAUAAAGAAAACAAAAACGGAAAGUGAAAUUGUUUGAAAAAUAAGAAGUCAAACACAGCAUACUAGAGAAUUUGCAAAAGUGAAAGUAGUAGGAUGUCCGGAAGUAAUAAUUUGUCUUAUUCACAUUGGAAAUCGAAUUUGUCGUUGAUUGGUAGCGCUUCAACAGCGGCAUCAACUUCAAAUUAUCAAAAUCUCAUGAAGUUGGCUAGCUCAGCCGUUCCUGGUGGUGUUAUACAUCAAACUCAUUCAUCUCAAUUGAGUGAAGAGCACUUAAUACCAGCUCAUAGUACACAUUCACCUCAUUCCAUGAGCAGAAUCAUUGGAUCACCUGCAUCCACAUCAUCGCUUUAUUCACCUGGUUCAAAUCCAAGUUCAACAGCUGGACCAUCAAUUCCGACUUCGAUACCGCGUGCCCAUCAACACAAUGUACCCAUCAUUCAGACGUCGUCCACAUUUGCUGAUCAAAGUCAUCAUCUGGAUGUUUAUUCUCAAAUCGGAAUGCAACGAAUCGGGCAAAUGUUUAAAAGCAAUUUGAUGGCAAACAACAAUAACAACAAUUGUAAUAAUAAAAAUGCAAAAAAUAACCGUCCGAAUUACGAAAAUACUGUCAAAAUGGAACAAAGUAUGAAUAAUAUUAAACAAUUGGUGGAAAGCGCGAUUGGAAUUGAAGCUAAACAACAAAUUAUGCAUAUUUUGGAAAAAAUUUCACUUCUUCAACCACCUGAACGUUUGUUGCUAUAUCUUCGAAUGCCGAGCAGUACUUCAGAGACAGAUCCGUUGCGACAACCACAAAAUCCGUUGGGCACACGUUCUGAAAUCAAUUUUACAAUAAACUGGGUACGAUCUCAUUUAGAAAUGGAUCCGAAUGUUUCAAUACCUAAACAAGAUGUUUACGAUGAAUACGUAGCAUACUGUGGACGUGAAGAUGUAAAACCAUUAUCAACAGCAGAUUUUGGUAAAGUAAUGAAACAAAUUUUUCCAAGCAUACGACCGCGUCGUUUGGGUACACGUGGCAAUUCACGAUAUUGCUAUGCCGCAAUGAGAAAAACUACCAAAUUAGAAUGUCCACAGCUGCCAAAUUUAGGUGGUGCACGAAACGAUUCAAAUUCCGAUACGAACAUAGUAUCGAGUAAUGAAAAUGAAACCGAUUCAAUUGUUGGAUCAUCGAAUUCAUGGAAAGUUAUAAAAUCAUGGGCAGAAAAUCUUCUAAAUGUUGAAUUCAAAGGCCCCAACGAACUAGCUGAUCAUAUUACGACCAAUUAUAUAAAAGGAAAUCCCGGCACGAUUAGUACUAAUUCGCGCGUAUUAUUGCAAAAGAAAUUACUUCAGCGCAAAGUUAAAGGACGAAAGAAAAAAUCGGUGUCAAUGUCGGAGGAAAUUAUUGACGAUGGAAAAAAGCGACGAAAAAAGAAACUAAAAAAGUCACUGAGUCAAACAAAUAGUGAACCAGCCGAUAACGGUUCACCAGAGAACAUAUCGACAACAAAUGAACAAAGUGUACCUGAUGAAAUCUUACAUAUAAAACAAGAGCAAACACCAAAUAAUCUACAAAUAGAUGGGCAACAAUCACAACCAAUUUCCCAGGUAAUGCCAAUCAAUUUGACCAACGAACAUGGGAAAAUAAAGAGCGAAAUUGAUUCACUUGGGUAUGAGCACGAUUUUUCAGCCGCAGUUUGCAAAAUUGAAGUUGAAGAUACAACUGACAUUGAACAAACAGUGUUUUGUAAAAAAGUGCGACGUGCUCAAGAAGAGAAAGGAUUGUCCAUAUCGAUGAUAUCCCCAAAAAUGUCACAUCAAUCUCCCGAAAUGAAAUCGUCUACAUUGUCUCCUGCAUCAUUGCUCAUGCGUCCACCUUUGUGCGAAGUUCCAACUGAUUUAUCAGUGAGCGGCAGUGAUUUGAAUAAUACAAACAGUUCAUCAAAUGAUGAUACUUCCGACUCUCAAAAUCCAAACAUGUUACAAGUUUCGAAUAAACGAACAGCUUCGAAUGCAGUUAGUCGAUCGAAGAAAUUAAGAUUUAAUAAACAUGCAUCAGUUGCUGGAAUGAAUGAAACAAAAGUUGAUGAUAUCGCAACGGAUAUAAUAAUACCUCGUGAAAGAGUUGUGAGCAUUUGUAAUAUGGAUAAGGAUGCAUUGGAUGAUUAUUUAAACGAAGGCGGCGAUUCACAAGAACAAGAAGCCGAACUGCUACAAUACUUUCAAACAUCAGGACAUGAUAAAGUAAAUCAAAAUACGGUUACUGAUACAAUUGCUUCGACAAGCGCAGCAAUUCCAAACACUUCCAACGCUUAUCCAUUGCUUGAAAACUACCAGCUACAUCAAAAUGCUGCAAUUGUGCCGUCCGGCAAUUCACAAUUGGCGAAUACAAUGAAUCAUUCAAAUCAAAUGCCACGUAAACAAGAUCAAAUCAAUGAAUUGCGUCAAUAUUUACAACAAAAUUUGCAUCAACCACCCAUUAUACAGAAUAACAAUAUGAAAAGUGCUGAAGAAAGAUCCGAAGCGUCUAGUUCUCAACUCAAUCCUGAUCAUGGGUUCCAAGUAGACUGGAAAGAUUCCGAUGUUGUGAUUCAUUCGGCUUCAAGUUCAUUGACUGCACUUUCAUUGCCAUAUCAACAAGUUUCACAAGAUCAUCAAACCGAAGAUACCUCAAUAAACACAGCCACGGUUACAACUACCGAAAGAAAAUUAUUGCCGACAACUGCUCAAGUUUCAUUAAUGCGAUCUGUAAGACCACCGCCUGCAUUAAUUUCAAAUCAAAACCAACAAAGUCCAAAUUCUCGAUCGAGAAAUUGUAGUUUUGUUCCGAUUUCACCAGGACCUCAAUCGCCUCGUGUCAUUUCACAACAUACACCACAGUUACAGACAAAUAUCCAUGCAAUUCACAGUAAAAGUACGUUUUUAAGUCCUCGUCGAUCUCCAGCCGUACGAAAAUUGGUGAAUAAGGAUUUGAACAGUUGUUUGAAAUCGUUACAAGAUCCAUCAACCUCAACAUUCGAUACAAAAUUUAAAAACGAAAUUAGUGCAUCCGCACCGGCAAGUCCAUCUAUAACGCCGCAUCAUUUUCAAUUUAAUUCAGGAGUAAUGAAUCCAUACAAUAAUGCAUCAACGAAUUCGGUAACAUCAAAUUCCAAUCAACUGCAACCACAACAUCAGCAUCAGGCUUCAUGUUCAAUAUCUGGAAUGUGCGCUGCUUUAGAACGAUCUCAAAGUGUACCAUUGCAUUGUCAGAGUCCAGCAUUUAAUGCUCCAAUUUCAAAUACUGCGUACAGCUCUGUCUGUAAUUCUGUUGCACAAACACCAGUGCCUUCAGAAUAUGCUGAUUUUUCAGAGGAUAAUAUUCUCGAUAUGCUGGCCGAAUCGUCGAGUGAUAUUCAAAUUAAAAGCGAAGUCAAAGAAAUGUCCAAUUUAAUGCAAACUGAUUGUAAUCGCAGCAAUGUAUCGCGUUCAGUACCAUCAACACCAUUGCCCAUGCAUAGUUUUCACUUGAAUCCAUUAAGCAACUUUGGAAGCAGUUUAAAUAGUGGCGUAGUUUUAUCAAGCAUGCCGUCAGUGAAAAAUACAAUCGAUAAUUCAAAAUCAGUUCCAACAACUCCAAACAUUGGAAACAAUGCCAAUGCACCAUUCCGGUACAGUCCUGAGCAUCAUCGUGAUUUUUUAGUCAAUGGAAAUACAAUUGAUGCAGCCAAAGGAAAUCAAUUCUUUCCCUCGCCAGCCAAUUCAUCACAAUCACAAAGAAAUGCAUCACAAAUUCAAUCCGUAUCAUCGACUCAAUCUAAUGCGCAAGUUUUGCUCACAACAAACACUCAAUCAAUUGAGGAUUUGCCAAAUUAUAGUGACGUAAACGAUCCGAUAAUUGAGGGAUCGCACCUUAUGAAUAAUCUUUAAUUUUAUUUUUUUGUUGAUUGGAAAAACAAAAAUUCACCAUCUCAUCACCAUUUGAUGGAAAUGAAGCAUUAUGUUUGAUAACACACACAUACACACAUCUAUUUAUGUAUAUGGCAAACAGAGUAUCAUGAUUUGCUGCUGCUGAGAGCUGAGAAAUGCUGAACUCGUGCGGCUAACGCAUACGAAACGGAUGACACGCACACAUGCAUUCUCCCCGUUUAAACG